UGGUUGCGUAUGUAAGGGAGGGGUACCGAAAAAAAAGAUUGGUGCGUGUGAGUGUGGUUAAACCGCCAAGGGAAAGUCUUUGGCUCUGGAAGCUUUAGGUUCAUUUUCCUUCUUCUGUUUAACGGCUUCUGUCAGAAGCUGUAAAUAUCUCACUCGGCGGACGUGUCGUAAGACGGAGCGAGCGAAUGAUAUAAAAGAGGACCAGUUUACCAGAUAAGGUUUGCUGGGAUGGGUAAUCUUCUGAAAGUCCUAACAAGAGAAAUAGAAAACUAUCCUCAUUUUUUCCUGGACUUUGAAAAAUCCAAAUGGGGAAUCUGUUAAAACUUCUCACUUGCACAGAGCUUCACCAGGGUCCAAACUUUUUCCUUGACUUUGAGAAUGCACAGCCAACAGAGGGUGAGAAGGAAAUAUGGAACCAGGUCAACGCCGUGCUGCAAGACUCUGAGAACAUCCUGUCAGGGCUGCAGGCAUACAAGGGAGCGGGCCAGGAGAUAAGGGAGGCGAUACAGAACCCGACUGACUCUCUGCUCCAGGAGCGAGCCUGGAGCUCUGUAUGUCCACUGGUUAUCCGGCUGAAGAAAUUCUACAGCUUCUCUCUCAGACUGGAGAAGGCCCUGCAGAGCCUGCUGCUGUCGCUGACGUGUCCCCCGUACACACCGACGCAGCACCUAGAGAAGGAGCAGGCCCUGGCCAAGCAGUUCGCUGAGAUCCUUCACUUCACGCUUCGCUUCGAUGAGCUCAAGAUGAGAAACCCAGCCAUCCAAAACGACUUCAGCUAUUACCGGCGGACGAUCAGCCGGAAUAGGCUGAACAACAUGAACCUGGACAUUGAAAAUGAAGUCAACAAUGAGAUGGCGAACAGGAUGUCCUUGUUUUAUGCUGAAGCCACACCAAUGCUGAAAACUUUAAGUACCGCAACGACUAACUUUGUGACUGAGAACAAAACGUUGCCCCUGGAAAACACGACAGACUGCUUGAGUACAAUGGCCAGCGUAUGUAAAGUCAUGCUGGAGACACCGGAAUACACGAGCAGAUUCAGCAGUGAGGACACGCUGCUCUUCUGCAUGCGGGUCAUGGUGGGAGUCAUCAUCCUGUAUGACCACGUGCACCCUGACGGUGCUUUUGUAAAAGCCUCAAAAAUUGACAUGAAAGGGUGCAUAAAGGUUCUGAAGGAUCAGCCAGCUGACAAUGUUGAAGGUCUCCUGAAUGCCCUCAAGUUCACCACAAAACAUCUGAAUGAAGAAUCGACUCCGAAAAACAUCAAAGCAAUGCUUCAGUAAUGCGUUCUGUAUGAAGAGGAUCGAUGCAGUGACCUCAAGUUGUAUAUGUUUACAUAAUUUAAGGACUUGAUGUUGAUACUUGUCUGUAUUUACAGUCAUUCCUUCUGAAGUUACUGAAACCUAUAAAAAAAAUUCUUAGGGGGGGAAAUAUAUUUGCUAUACCACUGUUUAUUGAAGCACAAAUUAAUGACAACUUUAGCCUUACAAACCUGAAACAUGCAAAAUGCUCGGCUUGUGUUAUUUGAGGUUUACAGAAAGGGGCUAAAAUCACUGGCUGUUUCAUGCAUUCAGGGAAGCAUAGUGACUGACAGCGAAAGCAUCUGUGCAUUUUUUCAUUUACAUCAUUUGUCAUUAGAAGGAAUUAACAGGAAUUGCGGGAUGUGCAUGAAUGCCAAAUGUCUGUGUGUUUGGUUGUUUUUUUUUUAACUGUUAUGGCGAGAUUUCGGACAUUGUGUGCAUGUGCACGUUCCUGUUCAAAUGGUUAUUUGUAGUAUGUAUGCGUCUAACAAAAAGCUUUGCUGAAAAUAGCUUUAAACUCAAAUGUGAUGUCAAGAAUUUGCAAGGUGACAGUAAGUGGAUGAGAAAUGUCCUGUUCUAGUAAAGACCCCAAGGUAAAUCUGGAGUUCAGACUGAUGAUUACCCACUGGCCCACCCAAGCCCACGUCAGCCCAUGAAGUCCAAUAGGGAUAAAAGAUUGGGCUGUUUUUUAGGACACACCUAAUGUGUGGAGUAGAAAGAUUUCUUCGGAAGAGGUUUGUGCUACUGACCUUGUUUUAAAAAUGUCUAACAUAUAAUUACCCCCCCCCCACCCUGCGAAUUUCAGCUGAGAUUGUGAGACUGCAACUUUGCUGGGUUGGCUUUUGAAAUAAUGAUAUUCUCCUUUCUGCUGUUUUAUUGGGGGCAUCAAUGUCCACCAUUCUGAUAAGGUGAAACAAAAAGUACUUUUAUAAUCAUAAACUUGUAUAUAAUUCUCCAUGGCAUUAAACAGAUUAAUGUGUGAAGAUUUCACCUGUAGCUCACAGGGACGGUGUACAUGAAGGGUGCUUUUCUGUUCUAAUCUGUUCUGACCAUUCUUUCUAUGCUACUAUAUGCUUUUCUGAAAUGUAUCAUGAGUCAUUAAGGAUGUUUAACUGCAACAGCUUUCUGGCUGAGUAAAAUCAUGGAUGAUUAUUGUUUAACAAUUUAACAUGGUGAAUUUAGUCCCCUUAAGUAAAAAGCCAUAUAUUAUGAGUGUCAUGCUUAUUUUGCCUGGUGUGUGUUUUUGUUUUUUUCUUUUUCCUUUUGGUAUUGUAACAUUGUACAGCAGUGUGAUUGAUACUGACGGUUAAGAUUGCUCAUUAACAAUUUUGUUUCUCAUACUAUGUUAUUUCCAGCUGAAUCAUACAAUUGAGGCUUCAGCAGUCCUCUUCAGUACAUUUGGGCUCCUAAGAUCUUCAAAUUGGAGAGUUAUGUGGAAUUGAGCCAUUCUUAAUUUUAUUAGGCUGUAUGUAUUUAAAAAAAAAAAAAAAAAGUUGUCCAAAGUAAAAACAAAGCUUUGAAAUUGAAUUUAAAUAUAUCAAAUGUUUAAAUCAUUUAUUUAUUGAAAACAAAAGCCUAAUCAGUUCGGGAAGUAUUUCAACGUUAGAACAUAAUUUAGAAAUCCCACCAGAUAACCAAAAUGCUUAUGUGGGUUUUUCGCUUUUUAUUGUUUAGUGAAUGGGUGUCUGAACAGAGAAUAAAGUUUGGAACAAUG